CACUCAUAAAAUUUAAACAAAUUAUAAAAUAAAUAAAAAAAAUGAGCUGCAAAUUCGCUCCAUCAAACGCCAGAUCAUCCUUCAAUCUCUGACAAAAUCCAAUGAAUCAACCAAAACCCAUUUCCCAGAAUCAAUUUCAUUCACCUCGCUCCCAAUUCACGGAAUCGAGAAUUUCCAUCAGAAACUCUCCGAUCGGGCCGCCGCGUAGAGCCCGGCCCGAAGUUAAGGCUGCGCUCCACGGGCCGCCGGCAGAAUGCGAGGAGGAGGAGUACUCGCUGUACGAAGUGCUGGGAAUUGGAGAGAGUGGGAGCACGCUUUCAGACAUAAAGAAAGCGUACAAAGAGAUGGCGAGAAAGUACCACCCGGACGUUUCGCCACCGGACCGAGUUGACGAGUUCACUCGGAGGUUUAUUAUGGUGAAACAGGCUUACGAUAUUCUUUCGAAUCCAGAGAGGAGAGCUUCUUAUGACAGAGAUUUCUCUCAGGGUUUUAAGGGCUAUGCUUUUUCAGCUAGAAAAUCAUAUAAAUAUGACCAGAAAAUGGAGGAAAAAAGAGAGUGGAAAAUAAGGUGGCAAUCUCAACUGGAUGAACUAAAGAAGAAGAAGAGCAAGAAUUCGUCAAAGGAUAGAAUGAGUUGGGGUGCUCGAACAUGAUUUUCAUGUAUUUUGUUUUUUGGUAAAUUACGAUGUUGUCCUAAUGUAAAGUCUAUUUACGAGCAAUACUCUUAUUUUUUUUAAAAUUACAUUCGGUUCUACAAUUUAUAGAUUUCUCACAUUAAUACCAUUUUGUAGAGGGUGGAUGUAAGAAUUUUACAUACUGCAUGGGCAUGUAUGUAAUUUUUCUAAAAGAAGGAUAUUUUUUGUAAUUAUACUCUCAUGGAAGUGGUUGUAAUUUCUUUUUUUUUUCCUUCGUAUUUUUUGUUGGGCUAAUUAUAGCUAUUUUAGUUAGUUUUAAGUAAUUUGUGCAUAGAUCUCAAUGUAUAUAGAGUCCAUAAGUUUUACCAACUAAUAUAUUUUUUUGGAAAAA